AUGAAACUGAUACUGGUAUAUGUAGUAGUGGCGGCGCUAGCACUACUGGUGCAGGGAGCACCAAAGAUCAACAAAAAUCCGAAACCAAAACCCAAGAGUAAGAAAAGCAGGGUUGCUGCCGCUUUCGAUGAAACUGAUAUCUCUGAGCAGCUUGGCAUAACUCCACCUAAUGACUUGCUUACUGUUACAUUUGGCAAAAUAGGGCAAAAUUUAGGUAACGACAUUUACGCCGGCAAAACCAUCGUCAUUCCUACUGUGGAGUAUCCAGUGAAGCAUAAAGUGUAUUACACUUGGGUUCUGAUCGACCCCAAAUUCUUCUCGUCCGAAAAUGAGGAAAGUGAGCGGACUUACGCCUUCGCUGUUUACAUGAACAUACUCAAGCUAAACUUGGACAAAGCGUACGCAGCGGCCAAGUACUUGCCUCCUCGGCCUAGACCCGGCACUGGACGCCACACCUACGUCGCUUUGUUGUUAGAGCAGGAAGACGAAAUAGAUACCUCCUGCGCCGAUGCACCUAAUUUCGAAUAUCACCGUCUCGGCUUCGACUUACCCGCGCUGAUUGCCAACUACAGCCUUAGUGAGCCCGUGGCCGGAAAUUUCCACACAGCCGAGUUCCCUGAUAACUUAGAAGAUGCUUGUGAAACUGUGUGUGACAAAGAUGAAGAGGAAGAAGAGGGAUGUGAAGAAGAAGAAGAGGAAGAAGAAGAGGAGGAAACGGGAUGUGAAGAAGAAGACGAAGAAGAGGAAGAAGAGGAGGAAAAGGGAUGUGAAGAGGAAGAGAAUACAGAAGAAGAGGAGGAAGAAGAGGAGGAAGAAGAAGAAGUAGAAGGAUGUGAAGAAUAA